CCGCUGACAGCACGAGAGGGGCAGCCCACACUCUAGUGCUUUCUAAGCCCUCCUCUGUGCCGUUAGCUGCGUCACUUCCUCUCUGAAACCGGUGUCUGGAGCGGCAGCGUGUUUUCCUCCAUUGUGUGUCCCACUAACCAGUAUUUCCAAAAUGGCGUCAAUGUCACUAGCACCUAUGAAUAUUUUCAAAGCUGGAGCUGAUGAAGAGAGAGCAGAAACUGCUCGGUUGUCCUCCUUCAUUGGGGCCAUUGCGAUUGGAGAUUUGGUGAAAAGCACUCUGGGGCCAAAAGGCAUGGACAAGAUUCUCCUAAGUGGUGGCAGAGACAGCAGUGUUACUGUAACGAAUGAUGGUGCGACCAUUCUAAAGGCUAUUGGAAUUGAUAAUCCUGCUGCCCAGGUUUUGGUUGAUAUGUCCAAGGUCCAGGAUGAUGAAGUAGGUGACGGAACAACAUCUGUGACUGUGUUGGCAGCUGAAUUGCUUAGAGAGGCUGAAAUAUUGAUUGCAAGGAAGAUUCACCCUCAGACCAUCAUUUCUGGGUGGAGACCAGCAGCACAAGCUGCCAGAGAAGCUUUGCUGAAAGCAUCAGUGGAUCAUGGUAACGAUGAAGAGAAGUUUCAGGUCGACCUAUUGAACAUUGCAAGGACUACAUUGUCUUCAAAGCUCCUCACCCACCAUAAAGAUCAUUUUGCAAAACUCGCUGUGGAAGCUGUUCUGAGGCUGAAAGGCUCUGGCAAUCUGGAAGCUAUUCAUGUCAUUAAGAAGUUGGGAGGAAGUUUAACAGAAUCUUAUUUGGAUGAAGGUUUCUUAUUAGACAAAAAGAUUGGAGUAAACCAACCAAAACGUAUUGAAAAUGCCAAAAUACUUAUUGCAAAUACAGGAAUGGAUACUGACAAAAUUAAGGUUUUUGGAUCAAGGGUACGUGUGGACUCUACAGCAAAAGUAGCUGAGAUUGAGCUAGCAGAGAAAGAGAAGAUGAAAGAAAAAGUGGAGCGUAUACUUAAACAUGGAAUAAACUGUUUUAUUAACAGGCAACUGAUUUAUAACUAUCCAGAGCAGCUGUUUGCCACUGCUGGAGUUAUGGCGAUAGAGCAUGCAGAUUUUUCUGGUGUUGAGCGUUUAGCUCUUGUUACAGGUGGAGAGAUUGCUUCGACCUUUGAUCAUCCUGAGCUGGUAAAGCUUGGAACUUGUAAACUUAUUGAGGAAGUAAUGAUUGGAGAAGACAAGCUGAUCCAUUUUUCAGGGGUUGCCAUGGGUGAAGCUUGCACCAUUGUUCUUCGUGGGGCAACACAACAGAUUCUGGAUGAGGCCGAGCGAUCUCUUCAUGAUGCCUUGUGUGUACUAUCUCAGACUGUGAAAGACACCAGAACAGUUUAUGGAGGAGGAUGCUCUGAGAUGCUGAUGGCUCAUGCUGUGACCGAGCUAGCCAACAGAACACCUGGGAAGGAGGCUGUAGCAAUGGAGUCUUUUGCCAGGGCACUCCAAAUGCUUCCAACUAUAAUAGCAGACAAUGCUGGCUAUGAUAGUGCCGACCUGGUAUCCCAGCUCAGAGCUGCUCACAGUGAAGGAAAGUCAACAUACGGACUUGACAUGAAAAAUGGCAUUAUUGGUGAUAUGGAAGAGUUGGGGAUAACUGAAAGUUUCCAGGUGAAGAGACAAGUCUUGCUGAGUGCUUCCGAAGCUGCAGAGGUGAUCCUGCGUGUAGACAAUAUUAUUAAAGCUGCACCAAGAAAACGUGUUCCAGAUCACCACCCCUGUUAACAUUUCUACAGAAUGCAGAGUGUGUGGACCCGACGGCAAAGACGUGCAAGGCAGUGUUGCAGCAAAGGCUGUAUAAUUGUCAUCCUGGCACUUGGGGAUUCCACCCACAACUGUGGUUUAUUUAUUGUUACAAGAUGUUUUGGGGGAUUUGCUUUGCCACACAAUUUUGGUAACACAUGUACUCAUUCAGUACAGAGUACUUAAAUGUUCAUGUGAAAUGUGUUUUGCUUAGUGAGCAAAGCUGGAAGUGUAGAAACAUCCAUAUUUUAAAAGGAUAUUUUGAACUUGCAGAUUCUCUUUAGCAAAUAUUUGCCAUUCCGCUUGAGCUGGUAAAUUGUUCCGUUUAUUGUUUAUACACCGCCUUUGGUGACUGACCAGAAAGAUGCUGAAUCUUUAAUGCAAAUGAUUUAAAAAUUUUUGUUUCAUUUGCUAAUACAAAAGCAGAUGUAUAGAAAAGCAAAUCCGUACAAUGGACUAAUUCCACAUGUAGCACUGAUAAGAGGUUUACGCACUCAGUGCAUCUAAUAAAUAAUUUCUUAAUUCAAA